CGACCCCCGUGACGUCACUAGCUCAUCGGUACACCCUCUCGGCGUCUCGCGCUCUCCGUCUGUCUGUCUCGAGCGCAGAAACCAGCCGGAGGAUCAAAGAGCCGAACUCACCUGUCUGAACGCUCACCUGGCCGCGCGCCGCAGUCCCUCCGUGUGCGCGUGAGCGCGUGUUGGAGCGCGAGGGAAGUCCAGAACCCCUGAGGAAGAGGAGGAGGAGGAAGAGGAGGAGGAGGCUCGGAGUUCUCCGGAGUUUUCCCAGAUCAUGGAGCGGACUGGAAGUUUCCCGCUGCCCGCGGUUCUCCUCCUGGUUCUGCUGGGAGUUCGGGGAGCGCGAGCGGACACCUUCCAAGCAUGCCUGGCCGGUCAGGGCCCAGACUGCACUCUGGUCCAAUCCAAGGAGGACGACUUUGACUGGGAGCAGGGCGACACCAGAGGGCGGCCCAACAGCAACCCAUGGAUCCCUGCAGGUACUUCCUUCCUGUUUGUGAACACAUCGGGUCGCUACAGCGGCCAGCGCGCCCAGCUGCUGCUGCCGCCGCUCCGCGAGAACGACACGCACUGCCUCAGCUUCCAGUUCUACCAGGCGGGGGGCCGCGAGGGGGCCGCGCCCGCCACACUCAACGUCUACGUGACAGAGAACAACAGCCCUCUGGGAGUUCCUGUCAUUAACUCUUCUGGCCCCGCCUACCACAUCUGGAAAGGGGUGGAGCUUGCUGUAUCCACUUUCUGGCCAAAUCACUACCAGGUUCUGUUUGAGGCGGUCAGCACCGGGCAGAGAGGAGUCCUGGCCAUCAGAGACAUCACUCUGCAGGGACAUCAGUGUAUGAGCACACCCCACCCGCUGCACCUUAAGGCGGUGGAGGUGAACGCCGGCCAGACGGCCUCCUUCCAAUGCACGGUGAACGGCCAGCCGCAGCGCCACCUGCUGCUCUACCUGCAGGGCAUGGGGGGUCGGCAGGCCGUUGCCAAGGAGACCAGGCCGGUGAACCCCCGGCGUUACGUGGCGAGCUUCGACGUCAAGAACACCACCAAAGGCGACUCGGGACGCUACCGCUGCAUCGUCCAAUCAGAUCGAGGAGUGGGCGUGUCCUCCUACGCAGACCUCACAGUCAAACAACCACCGGUACCAAUUGCCCCACCUCAGCUCACUGCGGUCGGCGCCACCUACCUCUGGAUCCAACUCAACGCCAACUCCAUCAACGGAGACGGACCCAUCGUCGACAGAGAGGUGGAGUACCGUACGACGGCGGGCAUGCUGAUCGACACCACACCUGUCGACAAGCCCACCCACAAGAUCGGACACCUGGACCCAGACACAGAGUACGAGAUCAGCGUUCUGCUGACCAGGCCCCUGGAAGGAGGGACUGGAAACCCCGGGCCGCCGCUCAGAGCCAGGACCAAGUGUGCAGAUCCAAUGCACGGCCCGCGGCGCCUCCUGGUGGCAGACGUUCAGUCCAAACAGGUGACGGUCCGAUGGCAGCCGUUCGGAUACAACGUGACCCGAUGCCACCGCUACAAUUUGACGGUGCAGUACCGCUACCGGCCUGCAGGAGCCACCAGGGAGGUGAAGGAGCAGGUGGGGGAGGAGGUGGUGUCGGACACCAUGAGCGCGCAGCCGCAGCACACCGUGCGUAACCUUCCGCCAUUCACCAACGUCAGCCUGAAGCUGUUGCUAAGCAACCAGGAGGGACACAAGGAGAGCGAGGAGCUGCUGGUGCUGACCGACCAGGACGUGCCCGGUGCGGUCCCGGUGGACUCCAUCCUGGGCCGCAGCUAUGAGCAGCAGAUCGGACUGAGCUGGAGGGAGCCGCAGCACGCCUACGGCCUGAUCCGCCACUACGAGAUUACCUACAAGGCUCUGAGCUCCUUCGACACAGAGUUCGACCUGUCCAAUCAGAGCGGCAAGGUGCUGAAGGCGGCCAAUGAGACGAGCCAUGUGUUCUCGGGGCUGUCGCCAGGCUCCACCUACUCCUUCACAAUAAGAGCCUCUACCAUCAAGGGCUUCGGGCCCCCAGUCAUCACCCAGUUCACCACCAGAAUCUCUGCCCCUCUGAUGCCACCCUAUGACCAGGAGCCCCCUCUCAACCAGACCGACUCGUCCGUCACCGUCCUGCUGAAGCCCGCUCAGAGCCGCGGCGCCCCCGUCAGUAAGUACCAGGUGGUGGUGGAGGAGGAGCGCCCCCGCAGGCUGAAGAGAGGAACUGCAGAGAUCCUGCGCUGCUACCCGGUUCCGAUCCAUUUCCAGAACGCCUCGCUGCUGAACUCCCAGUACUACUUCAGCGCUGAGCUGCCCAUGACCGACCUGAGGAGCCCCACGCCCUUCUGCGUUGGAGACAACAGAACCUACGGCGGCUACUGGAACGCGCCGCUGCUGCCGCACAAGAGCUACGGGGUCUACUACCAGGCCGUGAGCUCGGCUAACGGGGAGACAAAGAUCGACUGUGUGAGAGUCGCCACCAAAGCUGCCAUAAUCGCCACCCAGCUCACCACGCCGUACGUUGGCGUGGCCCCGGCGGCGGGCAACAAGCAGCUGACAGGAACGGCAACCAGGAAGCCAGAACCAGAGCAGGAGAAACAGACGGACCACACGGUGAAGAUCGCUGGGUCCAUCGCUGGCAUCCUCCUCUUCAUCAUCAUCUUCCUGGGAGUCAUCCUCCUGAUGAAGAAAAGACGAAGAAAUUAUCACUCCUACACUUACUACCUGAAGUUGGCCAAGAAGAGGAAGGAAACACUGAGCUCCAGACAGGAAAUGACUCUGAUGGUGAACAGCUCCCAACACACAGCCAUGGUGGACACACACACUCUGAACGGCCGCACCAUGUCGUCUCCGUCUUCUUUCACCCUGAAGACAAACACCAUCAGCACCUCCGUCCCCAACUCCUACUAUCAAGACCCAUUCGUACCGACAGCCAUCUUGGUGCCCAUUAAUGACGACAGCAGCCACACCAUGACCAGUGAAACCAGCAGCCUGGUCCAGUCCCACUACAAGCAGCGGGAGGCGGAGCGGGAGGCGCUGCCCUACCAGACGGGUCAGCUGCAUCCGGCCAUCCGGGUCGCCGACCUGCUGCAGCACAUCACCCAGAUGAAGUGUGCCGAGGGCUACGGGUUCAAGGAGGAGUACGAGCUCAAUGAGAGCUUCUUCGAGGGACAGUCUGCUCCCUGGGACUCAGCCAAGAAGGACGAGAACCGCAUGAAGAACCGAUACGGGAACAUCAUCGCCUACGAUCACUCCCGUGUGCGUCUGCAGCCUCAGGAUGGAGACGGCGGCUCAGACUACAUCAACGCUAACUAUGUGGAUGGUUACCACAGACCCAACCACUACAUCGCUACACAAGGGCCCAUGCAGGAGACGGUGUACGACUUCUGGAGGAUGGUGUGGCAGGAGAACUCGGCGGCUCUGGUGAUGGUGACCAACCUGGUGGAAGUGGGCCGGGUGAAGUGCUGUAAGUACUGGCCUGAUGACACUGAGAUUUAUGGCGACAUGAAAGUGACGCUGAUCGAGACGCAGCUGCUGUCUGAGUAUGUGAUCCGGACCUUCGCCGUGGAGAAGAGGGGCGUGGCUGAGAUCAGGGAGAUCCGUCAGUUCCACUUCACCGGCUGGCCGGACCACGGCGUCCCGCUGCACGCCACCGGCCUGCUGGGCUUCAUCCGCUGCGUCAAGGCCAAGACUCCGCCCACCGCCGGCCCCACCGUGGUCCACUGCAGCGCGGGCGCGGGCCGGACCGGCUGCUUCAUGGUGAUCGACAUCAUGCUGGACAUGGCGGAGAGAGAAGGCGUCGUCGACAUCUACAACUGUGUCAGAGAGCUGAGGGCGCGAAGGGUCAACAUGGUGCAGACCGAGGAGCAGUACGUCUUCAUCCAUGACGCCAUCUUGGAGGCGUGUCUCUGCGGAAACACCGCCGUUCCGGCCAAUCAGCUGCGUUCGCUGUACUACGAGAUGAACCGAUUGGACCCCCAGACCAACUCCUGCCAGAUCAAGGAGGAGUUCAGGACCCUCAACAUGGUGACGCCCACCCUGCGCGUGGAGGACUGCAGCAUCGCGCUGUUGCCUAGGAACCACGAGAAGAACCGCUGCAUGGACGUUCUGCCGCCGGACCGCUGCCUGCCCUUCCUCAUCACCAUCGACGGCGAGAGCUCCAACUACAUCAACGCCGCGCUCAUGGACAGCUACAAGCAGCCGUCGGCCUUCAUCGUUACCCAGCAUCCUUUGCCCAACACGGUGAAGGACUUCUGGCGCCUGGUUCUAGACUACCACUGCACGUCCAUCGUGAUGCUGAACGACGUGGACCCCGCCCAGCUGUGUCCCCAGUACUGGCCGGAGAACGGCGUCCACCGCCUCGGCUCGCUGCAGGUGGAGUUCGUCUCCGCGGACCUGGAGGAGGACGUCAUCAGCCGCAUCUUCAGGAUCUACAACACCGCCAGGCCGCAGGACGGGUACCGCAUGGUGCAGCAGUUCCAGUUCCUGGGUUGGCCCAUGUACCGGGACACGCCCGUCUCCAAGCGCUCCUUCCUGAAGCUCGUCCACCAGGUGGACAAAUGGCAGGACGAGUACGACGGCGGCGAGGGACGCACCGUCGUCCACUGCCUGAACGGCGGCGGGCGCAGCGGCGUCUUCUGCAGCGUCAGCAUCGUGUGUGAGAUGCUGAGGCAGCAGCGCUGUGUGGACGUCUUCCACGCCGUCAAGACGCUCAGAAACAACAAACCCAACAUGGUGGACCUGCUGGAACAAUAUAAGUUCUGCUAUGAAGUGGCUCUGGAGUUCCUGAACUCUGCUUAGCUGGGACCAGCACGCCAUUCAUCACCUCCUCCUCCUCCUCCUCGUUGUGCUGCAGGAGGAAGAGGAGGAGGAGGAAGGUGUGUCCUGCCUCAUUGGACGGACAGCGAGCAUGGACACCCUGACUGUCCUCUUUGUCGUCUUGUUGGUUUUUCUUGUGUCGUAAACCUGGCAAUGACUCGGACUGAAGCUCCGCCCACCUGCGAUGACCUCAUCCUGUCCAGGUCCGGUUCCUCCUUACCGGGUCUUCCUGAACGGCAGCAGGACAGCGUGCCACUACUGGGACACCUUGACAUGACAGAAUCAGAACCGUGACUCAGCAGAACCAGUCCUGUCUUCAGAAAGUCGAGUCAUCGGUUCUGCUGCCAUCUUGUGGUUGGCAGCAGAACUGCACCAGCGCCGACCCAAAUACCAGACAUGACGUUCUGUCCGUUCCUUUUAUCUGCUUCUGUUUUUAUUUAUAGAAGUCCAAAGAGACAUGCAUGUUGUAAAUGGUUCCUCCAGAACUCCAGCCGUCCUCACAGAUCCAAAGCCCUUCUUCUGGUUCUGGACGGUCUUCCUGUAGACCGUCGGACCGGUCCUCUGCUGGGGGCCCAGCUAUGAGCCAUGUGGGACACCGUCCGUUCAGACAGAGACGGACGGUCUGAAGAGGCUCUGUGAUCGGACCGGAUCGCAGGAACUCGGGUUCUGCUGGUUUUGGUUCUGUUCAGGUGCCGGACCUCAAACUGGUGGACACAACCUCUGGUUGCCAUGGAAACCAUUAAAAGAUCCUCCGAUUGUGAUGUGGUCAAACCAUGUUUACACUGUGUAACCUGGAUCACAUCAGGCAUUACACUGGUUUAAACUGGUUUAAUCCUGAUCACACCGGUUCUACACUAGUUCUAAACCGGUUUAAUCCUGAUCACACCGGUUCUACACUAGUUCUAAACCGGUUUAAUCCGGAUCACACCGGUUCUACACUAGUUCUAAACCGGUUUAAUCCUGAUCACACCGGUUCUACACUAGUUCUAAACCGGUUUAAUCCGGAUCACACCGGUUCUACACUAGUUCUAAACCGGUUUAAUCCUGAUCACACCGGUUCUACACUAGUUCUAAACCGGUUUAAUCCGGAUCACACCGGUUCUACACUAGUUCUAAACCGGUUUAAUCCGGAUCACACCGGUUCUACACUAGUUCUAAACCGGUUUAAUCCUGAUCACACCGGUUCUACACUAGUUCUAAACCGGUUUAAUCCGGAUCACACCGGUUCUACACUAGUUCUAAACCGGUUUAAUCCUGAUCACACCGGUUCUACACUAGUUCUAAACCGGUUUAAUCCGGAUCACACCGGUUCUACACUAGUUCUAAACCGGUUUAAUCCUGAUCACACCGGUUCUACACUAGUGUUCAUCUUCUGUCUUCUUCCUUGGUGUUUUGUAUCGCUGAAACUAACUGGACCGGACCGGGCCUCAGUUUGGACCUUGGUCUGGUCCACUUCUGGCAUUCUGGUCCUGGUGGGCCCGGUCCGUUUGGGCCCGGUCCGUGUGAAUAGUGUACAUAGUGAAUAUUUAUUCCUUCGCUGUCGUCGUUCUUGUGAAGCACAGAGGCUGACAAUCAUGGCAGAAGAUCUUCCUGUUCCGCCAUCAGUACCGCAGCGGCGCCGGUGGUCCAGUCGGAUGGAGUCUGACCCGGUUGUGACUGGACCCAAUUAAGGCUCGGUACUGGUGCUGAGAAGAACAUCACUGUAAUGAAAGCUUUUAUUUAUGUUGUAUGAUUCCAAUAAAACUGAACACGCUG